UCUGGCAACACAACACUCAUAACUCAGUUUUGAUUUUGUUUUUGGAAGAGGAAGGCGAAUUGUGGAUCAUUUUGUAACUCGCGUAUUUAUAUAAUUUUUAAAAUGCUUGCACAAAAAAUAGCCACAUUAUCCAAUACAAUAAUGUACUGUGGUCGCACAAGUGCGAUAGCAAGCCGCAGUUUCCAGCAAAUCGAGCGGAACAGGUUCCUGACCAUCAACCGACUGAAGCACACAAAGGCACUCAGAAAUGAAAAAGAGAAAUUACGAAUGUAUGUAGUACAGAGAUAUAUAGAUUACGUUAAGAACUACACAAAAGUACUGGAGACCAGAUUUCCGAAUGCUGUUAAAAUGUACAGAGUAUUCAGUGUGGGAAUAAAAGAUUUCCUACGUGAUUUGAAGAUGUAUAUUUCACUACGGCUUAAGGUGGCAAAGGACCGUGGCUUCUCAAAGAUGAGCAGGCAAGAAUUGGAGCUUUAUGAGAAAAUGCCUUCAGAUAUGUGGCGAAUUGCCCCUGUAUUAAUUCUUUCUGCGAUACCUUUUGGGAAUUAUAUUAUAUUUCCUUUGGCGUUUCUAAAACCGCGGAAACUACUGUGCUCCCACUUCUGGUCUAUCCAGCAAAAAGUUGAAUUCACAAGGCAAGAUUUGACUGAACGUCUGAGGCACAAUAAGCCUGUGUUCAGAGCGUUACAAGCCAAAGUCGAAGAUAUCCCUGACAGUGAAUUAAAAAGAAAAUGGAGGGGUGUGGUGGCAUCGCUUGGUUCCGGAGUCCAUCCAUCACCUAACGACUUGCUCGAUUGUAAAGAGUUGUUUAGCAAAGAGCCGUAUCACUUGAAUAGUUUGACAUAUGUGCAUAUGGGACACCUACAGAAAAUGCACGGCUUAAGAAAAACAAUUCUCAGAAGAAACAAGUUGAAAUACAGAGCGUUUUUACUUUUAGAAAUGGAUCAAGCCAUUAUCCGGGAGGGCGGUGUUGAAUCUCUAAACGCGGAGAGUUUGCGGAACGCUUGCCACAUACGGGGGCUAAACGGGAACAAUCUCUCAAACCAGGACAUGAAAGAAUGGCUCUCAAAAUGGCUUCUGGUAUCGCAAUAUGUUGACAAGUCGACAUACUCGCUGUUAUUGCAUUGUCCAAUAUUCUUUGCGUACAACCAUCCACAAAAUUGGGUUCUGAUUUACUGACACGGAGUUGAAAGAAAAUUUUUAGAAUAUCGCUUGCUUAUUUGUCGUAAACGAUAAAUGCAUGCACUUUGCUCGCUAUUAAUAAUAAGAUUUAGGUUGGUUACUGGCAUCCGAUUUUGACGAUAUGUGGCAAAUUGAACUUUACAACUGGGCGUAGGUGGGGAUAUCCCAAACAAUCGGAAUAGCGUAAAAUGUUCGAAAGUCUUUGGUAUAAUUUUAAUGUAGUGAUACAAACAUUUUGUGCUUAUGUAAUGGUUGUUCAAUCUACCUUAACAUAGUCAAACACCAGCGUAAAAUAUUUUCUAUUUUUCCCAUAUCAUGAUUAGUACGUUUUCAAUGCGAAUAUUAGCAUAUUUUCUGUAAAUAUAUUAUUUUUUAUUAAUAUCUAAGACGCUGUGACAUCUUGUCAUACGGUCAUUUCAAAUGAGAUAGCGACUUAUUACCAAUAGGUAAUAACUUUUGGGGCAAAAAUUUGGCCCCGAUGUCCGCCGGUCUAUAACUAACUAUAAUAUAGUUUAAUGUCUUUGCUCGUAUGUCAUUACUUUCGAGAAUUUGAUCCUUAUUAGUGACCAUCAAACAGUGUAACAAUAGUGUUUUUUUGUCAAAAUCAAUUGAUCCGAUUUCUGGCUAGGAAUAUUGAUUUUUCAAGGUACCAAUGAUGCAGUUUUAGUUUUCAUCAUUAUCGUUUCCAAGACAACUGAGCAUAUAUCGUUAUUCCUCAUAAUUGCGGAUUUCCCCAUUCAGGCCCACUUUAAAAAUUCCCGAACUAUUGAAACGUCAUUUAUGUUUGAUCGUGAAAGUUACAAAUCUAAACGUUUCCCCCUAUGCCACUAAUGUGCCGAGUUCAAUUCUAUGGAUACAAAAUAACAAAGAUAUAUUACAUAUAUUUUACACGUGAGUUUUCUAAAGUGAUUUUGGAAUAGUAUUUUUGCAUAAAAUAUUAUAUUUUUGAAAUGUUAUACCAAAGUGUAAUUUUUGGUGUUUUAAUUUAGAGGGAAAAAUAAAAGAACACGUAUUGUAUUAAUUAAAGCAGAUUACUUAGCAUUGUACGAUAAAGCAGUAUUAUACUUCCUACUUCUUUAUUCACGUAUCUAGUUUGCCAUAGACUUAAGAUUUUAGAAAGAUUUUCUAGUUUCCCACUGAACUUGUCUAUGAACUAUCGAUAAAGGUUCAAAUCGUUAACCAACCGCCGAUUUCAAUAAAUGAUCCCAAACGAUUUUAAUUUUCGAACUAUCAAGACUAUUUUUAAUAUAUUUGCAAUUAGAAAAUGUGUUUAAAGUAUAAAUAAAAACGAAUACAACCACAAAAAAAUCAAAAGCGAAAUGAUUAGAAUACAUUGUAUUAUAUUCUUAAAUAUUUACACAAAAUACACAUUAUCAAUGACCACUGUAUAAUAAUUUCUAAGUGUACAUUGUACACCUUAAAUUGUUGAUUAUUAUUAUGUUAUUAGUUAUGUCCCUGUGAGGGAUAAAUUUAUUUAUUUUUUGUAUUCAUAUGACAGGUUUCGUCCUACCAUUGUUUUGCACGUUGCAUUGCAAGUUGAUGCUGCGCCUGAUCUCUCCGGUCAAUGCAUGUGAAAGAAUAGAAAUGCCACUUGUGUACUCUGGCGCACACACAUAUGUAGUACAAUAUCUAUUGUGUACCUGACUGAUUCUAAGAUUGGUUGCCGUGGCCGAAAUUCAGCUAGGAAGGGUUCAUUCAUUUGCACUUAUUUUAUGAAGCUUUGCUUAUAAUGGGUUUGAAAAGCUAUUGUACUAUAUCCAUGUUUAUUCUAUUUGGUCUACAGUGGCGAAGGUAAGUAACUCGAUUCCUGUCGGCUUCUCUUUUAUAACUUAUAUAAAAUCUAAUUAUAAUCAUUGGAACAAUUUGCAAACUACAUUUAUGCAUAUUAGUAGUAUCUAUAUGUUGUGCCGGGUUCCCUUUUGGAAAAUGUUACCCUUCGCCACUGUUGGCCCAUAAAUUUAAAUUAUAUAAUGUAUGACAUAUUUUGGCCCGCCAAAAGAAACAUGCGAAUGUAUUUAAAACUAUUGUCAAUGAAUAUACUAAUGAUUGUUCAAAA